AAAAAUAAUUCAUACUUUUGUUGCAUUUAAAUGUCAAAACGUGUAUCCUUUUCUCACCGUUUAGAUGCAGGUUUCGAUUGUUACGCACCACUCUCAACCCGGUGCGCGGUUGUGGUAUAUUUUUUUCUUUCCAUGGUAAAAGCACACCCCAAUCUGAAGAGCAAACACAAUACUAUAUUUGUUUUAAAACUUCCGUACCUGAUCUCGUAUUAAGAAAUGUUAACAGAUCUUUAAAGGGUAGAAAAUUUCACUUCACGAAUAGACUGUGAAGUGCUUUGUUUAUAGAUAUUAGAAAAGCUAUCCUGUGAUUAGAUAUUUAUUUUCAAAAUAAACUUAAGGGAAAAUGAUAGUUUAACAUAUUUAAUGGAUUUUUAAUGGAUUAGUUUUAUUCUAACGUAUAAACAUUCAAUAAUCAGACUAUCUAAAAUAUUGACUGGAUCAUUCUGCUGGGAUGGCGCAGCUUCAGCAUCGGGUUGUGGAAUUGAUCUCAAAGAAACCUUCUUUGAGGAGAGAGAGCGACAUACAAGUUGUUUUACCUUGGCUUAGACGGAAAAGUGAUUUACUAAAGGAUCUGGAUAAUACUGUCUUGACGGAUGUGAUUAGGAACUGUGAUUACCUGAAGGCUUGUCGAGAUGAUGUUGUUAUCAAGCAAGGCGACACAGGUGACAGGUUUUUCAUUAUGCUUACUGGGACGACAUCCGUUUACAUCGAUACGGUGAAAUCUGACGAGGAAAAUGUUGCAGUGGUAGAGGAAAUGUCAGAGAAAGAAAUAAUUGAAAAGAUGAUCGAAGAAGAGAGUGGAAAAAAGAAGACAUUGGAUAGGAAGAAAUACGGAAAAUUUAUUCUACACUACGAGGCAGGAAAGAGUUUUGGUGAAGUAGCCCUGAUGAGUGAGGAUGCUGUAAGGAAUGCUACGGUCAUUGCCGAUGAGGAAACUGAUCUCUUGGUUGUUAGCAGGGAGUUAUUUAAUAGAUCUAUGAAGGCAAAGCAAGAAGAAGAGUAUAAAGAAAGAGAAGACUUUAUACAGAAAUGUCCUCUCUUCAGAUCGUGGACCUCUAGAUUUAAAAGGUUAUUGGAAUUAAGCAUAAGAAAAGAGACGUUCCCUUUUGGUACCGUUAUUGCUCGACAAGGAGAACCGGUUUCUGGUCUUUUCUUUAUCCUAAGUGGUCAAGCCAAAUCAACUGUCCAACCUGCACUACAUCAUCAACAGUACCCGCAGUUAAUGAAACUAGAUGUAAACGCGGUAGCAGCUGAACUUGGGAGAGAAAAUUAUAAUAAACUGGUACAAAAGAAAGAAAAAGAUCUGACACAGGAACAGAUCAAAAUUCGACGGAAGGAAGGAUAUGCUGCAGCGGAGAGACAUAGAAACCAAAGUAGAAUAGAACUUUGUUCUAUAGAGGAAAAUGAUCUUAUAGGUGACUUAGAAAUGGUGCUUGAUUUAGAAACAAAUUAUAGUACGGUAACGUGUACUGCAAACACUGUUGCUAUGGUACUGGAUGCCAAAAAUUACGAUCGUCUAGUUGCCAAGAAAAAUCAACAAACAGUCAUAAAAAUGUGCCAAACUGCAGCCCAAAAAAUGUAUUAUAGACUUUAUGCAUACAAAGGAGACCAAAUUCCUUUUCUUAAAUGUGCCUUAAAGAAGUUGAAUGAAAAACUGCCAAAAAGACCAGAGUCAAAAUACCAACGAAAACCAGUAUCUACAGAUAAAUCAAAGAUCAUGGAAACUUUAAUUGAAUUAUUUCUUCAAGGCAAAGGACCUUUGAUAGAACCUUAUGUGCCAGAUUCUUUGUAUUAUCGGAAAAUGUCAGCACGAAAGGCUAAACACAUGGAACAAAGUAAAAAACUUACUGAACGCUUGCAUCCUGUAAGAAAACGUAGAACCAUACCAAGGAGUCUCAAACAGUUAAAAAGAAUGGACGCAGAAAAUGAACUUUUACACGUACCAGUCAGCCAUGAAACAACAAUAGUAAGAUCUUUCGUUCGACCUGGAACGGCUUUAGGCAUUAAAGGUACAGAAAGACCAAAGGAACGUACCACAAAAAGACCCAAAACAGCCACUGAAAGGAGUACCGGUUUCUUUAUCACAGAAGUAGAUGGCGAAUUCACAACCAAUGUUUCCAAACCUUUCGACUCACCACAAAUAUUCGAACAAAUGGACCAAAUACAACAUGAAAAGUCUGAAGCACGUUCCAAUGUUAUAUGCACACUAUCAGCUAAAGAAGAACUUAGAAAUUAUAUGAAACAAACCGACCAUGGAACAGAAUCGACGGUAGAUGGUUUAUCUAAUGACGAUUUUUUCGAUUUUGAAACGAGUGAUAGCAAUCUAAGAACACUAGAAGAUAGACUGAAAGAUUUCUGCUCACAGUUUACAAGUACUACAAGAGGUCCUCCUUUGUUAGCAGAACUAAAACGCUUUUAUAUCAAAGAUGAGAGAGAGGAGGAAAACGCAUUUGAGUUGAAAGUACCACGACCUGGCGGAACUGUCUAUGUAAGGACUAAACAGUGUGAUGGUAAAACCGAUUCCCAUAGUGGCGAGCAUCACCAUGUCAGACAUUAUGUAAUCUCACGUGAUGAAAAACUGGACACAUCUGCCAUGCUUCCUCCACGGCCAAUACGUAUGGCAAGGAGUAGCGAAUCUGGCAGUAGGGCAUCGUCUAGACGAUUGCCGCGAGCGACUAGCAUUACACAUUAGAGUUGUUUAUAUACAAAAAUAUGGCUUAUUAUAGACAGAAAAUUAAAUAGAUUUAAAAUAUA